UUUCCCUGUCGUCUGCAUGCUUUCUUUUGUGUUUUUUUCUACUCUCGUACAAUUUUUGUCAACAUGUUGUCAACCUCACGACCCAACAUCAUUUUCUAAUAGGAGUAUAGGUAGUAUGCCGUUACAAUAUCAGAAGAGAUGAUGAUUAUUCGCGAAUGAUUUAAGGUUAUUCUCCAACGCCCGGGAUAAUUUCAUCAAUCCGUGGAGGAAGACGAAUGCCCACCUGACAGUUGACAAAUGGUAGAUCAUCGCCGUCAGUAUGUUCUUUCCGAUCGGCUGGCCGCGAGUGCUCAAUGUCUCGGAACCGGAUAAGAUCUGCUCUGUCAAGUGUAACCGCGAGCGUGGCCUCUUUGGUGUCUUGUACGCCGAUGCGGUCAGUAUCUGGUGCUGCAAGCCAUGUGUGCCCAUAGUGUUCUUGAGGCGGAGCCAAGAAUGCAUUCAAAAGCACGGAGAGAACACUAUGCUGGAAUGGAGACUGGACUCGAGUAUGAUAGUUAUCGGGACAAACGACAGUUAUCUGUUGUUUUACAAAGUGUUGGAUCAGUCGAGCGAUACCAGGAGUCCUUACGAACUCAAAGAUUCACCUGUCAAUAGUCUCAAAAGGGACAGCGCCGAACUGUUCAUUAAGGAGGCCAUACCAUUGAUGGCUCUGAAAUUUGAUAAAAGCGUAUGGAUCGACGGUGGUAUCAAUUCACUUGUGUGUAUCAGUGAUGAGCUAAUGGUGUCAACCAAGUCUAGUUUUAUAGUCAGACAAAAGUGGGAUGGGACGCAGAAUAGGGAUUACACCCUAGACUUGAGGAGGAUACCGUUUGCCAAUGACCAGCAGAUAUCUACCGUUGCUAUACCACUGACAGCUAAAAACACAUAUGUCACUGAUAUAGACUACUCACCGUUGAUCGGAGGAUUUGCUGUUGUUUUUAAUUGUGGCAAGGCUGCAUUCUUGACUGCACAGUCAUUGAAGUUUGACCCGAAUCAAGUUCAAGGUGUAUGGGCACGGGAUAUCGAUGAUGCGACCUGUGCAGCUAUCAAUGACAAGUAUAGGUUGAUUGUGUUUGGUAGGAAAAAUUCACAGGCUGCUGUUUUGUGCGUCGAUGAGACCACAGGAUCAUUAGAAGUGUCGCACAAUCUUGUUUUAUCCACCAAAGAUUACCCAGGUAUUCCUGGAUCGGUUUCAUCUUUAAGGUGGACACCGGACAGUUGUGCCGUUGCGCUAGCAUGGUCCAGUGGUGGUGUUUCAGUAUGGAGUACUUUUGGAGCACUUUUGUUGUGCACUCUGAAAUGGGAUUAUGGUCUAAAUGUAGAUCCUAUGAGAGCAAACCCAUUUCACGUGAUAUCCAUGGAAUGGUCAGCAGAAGGUUAUCAGCUGUGGAUGCUGAAAGAUUCUGACUUGAUGAAUAAGGAAAAGCAGACACACAACAAGUAUCACAAACAAGUAAGAUCAAUAGUACAAUGGGAAUUUGUAAAGAGUCCGCUUACAGUUAAUCCUUGCAUGUCUCACAAUUCACACAUAUAUCUGCAAGGUGAAGAUCGUUUGUAUAUUAAUUUAGGGCAUAAGAUUUUUUCUACCAACUUGAAAGCACAUUACUCUGAUGAGUAUAGAGCUGAUGGAUUUUGUCAUGUACUGUCUGGAACAAAACAGUGGCUCGUUGUCCCCAUUCCAAAUGCAUACACCAGUUGCAACUGGCCCAUCAGAUUCACUGCUAUUGACGAGGAAGGGCAGAGUAUAGCUGUAGCAGGUAAGACUGGAUUGGCGCAUUACUCAAUGUUGUCUAGAAAGUGGAAACUGUUUGGCAACGAGUAUCAAGAAAAAGACUUUAUUGUUACUGGAGGUCUAUUAUGGUAUCGUGGCUAUUUGAUAACCAGUAGUUACUCUAUUCCUGAAAAUGAAGAUGAAAUAAGACUGUACCCUAGAGAUGUGCGUUUAGAUAAUAAUUUUGUAAGGUCCAUUAAAAUGCCAUCUCAGGUUUUAUUAUUGAAUAUUUUGAAGAAUUUACUCUUAGUAUUUUGUGCUAAUUCUCAGAUAAGAAUAUACAAUAUGAGCCAGAAAAAGGAAAAGGUUGGCAGCUGGCUUGAUGUAACAAUGAUUCAGACAAUUGACAUCAAGAGUCUCUGUCCCCUGCCAGCUUGUGUUGUUAGUGCUAGCUUGACGUUGAUACGAACAGAAAUAACAGAUGACAAUAUGAAGCCAGAAACACUUUUGUUGAACGUUUCAGGAAAACUUCUAAUGGUGCAAAAGGAUAAUUGGCUCGAAAAUGCCGAUGCAUCUUUCACGCCUGCUGCACCAACUGUCCUAGCGUCAUGUGUUGAAAACUUAUGGAUACCUUGUGAAUUCAAAAAAGAAAAGCCUCAUUUGACAGAAGCUAUAUGGCUUUUCUGUGGUUCUCACGGCAUGAGAGUGUGGCUGCCUUUGUUUCCUAAAAGCCAUCAAGAUAAGGUUCAUACAUUCAUGAGCAAAAGAAUCAUGCUCCCGUUUUAUUUGAAAAUUUAUCCGCUCACCAUUCUGUUUGAAGAUGCGAUCCUGCUUGGUGCUGAAAAUGACACUGUCCUCUACACAUCCGACACCAGUUCCCCAUUUAUUUUACCCUUUAGUAUAUUGGAGUUCACUAGUCAGGUUUAUCUACACCAAAUACUGCGCCAGUUGAUUCAACGAAACCUGGGCUAUCACGCAUGGGAAAUCGCUAGAUCGUGCUCGACAUUGCCUUAUUUUUCUCAUUCGCUUGAAUUGCUCUUACACGAAGUAUUGGAGGAAGAGGCAACAAGCAAGGAACCACUGCCUGAUGCUCAGUUGCCAUCAGUGGUGGAAUUUAUCCAAGAAUUCCCUGGUUUUUGGACUAGAGCUGUUGUCCAAUGUGCCAGAAAAACUGAAAUUGCCCUGUGGCCGUAUCUGUUUUCGGUAGUGGGCCCCCCAAAAAAGUUAUUGGAAACAUGCUUGAACCAUCAGGAAUUGGAGACUGCGUCAAGUUAUCUUUUAAUCUUGCAGAAUUUAGAGGCGUCAUCAGUGAGUAAACAGUAUGCGACUUUGAUUUUAAAUGCUGCCCUCGAACAAAGGAAAUGGGAAUUGUCUAGAGAUUUGGUGCGCUUUCUGAGAACGAUUGAUCCGACUGACGCUGAAUUAAUGAAGACUUCUCACUUGGUGAAUUCUAAAAAGUCUACUCAAAAUUGCAUACUACCUCCUCAAUUAGAGAAUGGUACGGCGUCGAUGCCGAGAACUGUGCAAUCUUCAAAUAAGGAUAAAAAUCAAAAGUAAUUAAGUCUAAGUUUAGUGUUAAGAAUAGCAAAUUAAUUUUUUAACAGAAAAAUUUACUAGGAAUAAAAUAUAGUUGAGUAAUGUUUGCACGGAAAAUUUUUGUAAAUCAAAGCAAAUUUUACUUAACUAUUCGGUCGAGAUUUUUAUACAAAGUUUUGCUCAAAAGACAAAAAUUUAUUGUGUACAGAUUUGUAAACUAAUACCGCUUACAACGAAAGAUUUAUAAAAAAUGAUAUGUUAUCAGAAUAUAGUUACGAAUGAUUCUUAGUUUAACAAUUCAAUAUUUUUUUAAAUGAAAGCAUUUAUUUUUAACGGGGUUACAGAGUAUAAUUUCUUUGAAAAACUUUUGUAAUCAUUUACUACGAGUUGAACCAAAGAGUUUCUUUGAAAAAGAAAUUAAAAAUAAGUGUUUUGAUGGAAAAAAAUUAUUGUAUUUACUGCAUAAGCAAUGCCAAAUAUGUAUUAUAUAGGGUUAAAUAAUACUACGUAAAAGGGGCUUAAAUUUUUUAUUUAUUUAAUAAAAUGAUUUCUAAUUACGCAACAUGAUAUGUGUCUCGUUGGUUAAAAAGAUUUAUUUAAAAUAUGAAUUGAAGUAAAUCGUUUUAUUGUACGCGUAAACAAUUCACGGUGCCAAUCUACAUUAUUAUUGAAAAAAAUUUGUUCAACAUCUUUCCAUACAACCAUGAAAAUCAAAAUUCUCUUUAAAUCCAAUUUUUGUGAUAAUUGAAAAAUUUUUAGACGAACUCUUGUAUAAAACAAUUUUUUUGUCACUCGUCUAUCAUUGCUGUAAUCAUCGUUCGAAAAUAAAAAUAAAUCAUAGCAAUGAAAUUACUAAUGUAAUAAUUGCGAUUUCUAACAAGUUUUGUACGCGAUCAUUCGAGUGCUCUAGCAAUGAUUAAAAGUUUUAUUGAUCUUUGAACAACAUAAGCUUGAUGCCUUUGUACAAUUUUUUCUAUAGAUUUUUCACAACUUUAAAGUACGGCAUUUGUCUGAUAUCUUGAAUUUUAUGCACAUUCGCAGUCAAGAGUUUGAAGAUCUUCAAUAAAGAUAGUGUGAUCGAUUAUCCUUAGUAGUGGGAUUUUGUAAUUUAAUCGAAAUAAGCUAACUUAUUAACAUUUAUUUUUUAUGC